AUGGAAUCAAAAAAAUCAUGGGAAGAUUUGAUUUUCGAUGCUAUUGCAAAUAAGAAAAUCGACUCUCGUACUUGCAGAAUUUAUAAUCGACAAGUACAGACUCCUCGAGAUGAUGCAAACAAUAAAUGUUGUUGUGGUCGCUUAGUUCGACGCCAUAGUUUUGAUGAUCCCAACAACAUAUCACUAAGUGCAAACAAAGAAAAUGCUAAGGUACCAAAUUCUCCACAGCAAUUUAAGCCCAUACAUUCUACUAUUGUUCCUGUGACCACAUACGGAACAUUAAAAUCCACUGGAUCUAUUGGUUGUAAAUAUAUUCGAAUUGACCAUCAAACACAUAUGGAGCGUAUCUAUGAGUUGCUUGUUAAUGAUUGUGGAGGUACAAAACCAGGUCUCAUUUUAAGUAUUUAUGGUGGGGCUAAAUAUUUCACUAUGACUGAAAAACUGGAAAAAGAAAUUAUACGCGGUAUAAUUGAUGCUGCAGCAACGUCUAAUGCUUGGAUUCUAACCACCGGUAUUAAUAAUGGUGUAUCAAAGUUAAUUGGUGAAGGAAUAUCUCAUUAUCGUUUAUUGAAAGCUAAUCCAAAUAAAAUUGUUUGUAUUGGACUAACAAAAUGGGGAACAAUUAAUGAAAGUACACGUUUUGAAUUGAAAGAGACACCUAAAGAGUGCUAUGGACUAAAGCUAUUUUCUCGACGAAUUCCUGAUGAUGACGACGAUACUGACGAAACCAUCGAACGAAACCAUACACAUUGUAUUCUGUUUGACGAUGGUAAACUAGGUAGUUAUCUAAGUGAUGAACAACGAAGUGCUUUAGUUGAACAUGCAAUGGAAGAUAAAAAUGAUAAAGAUAAAUGUUAUGGUGUAACAAUUAUUGUUGAAGGUGGUAGGAAUACUAUUGAAGUUCUUCAAAAUGAUAUACAAAAAAAACGGCCGAUUGUAUUUAUUGAAGAUAGUGGCCGUUUAGCAGAUGUAUUUGCUUCGUUAAUCAAUCAAACAGCUGAUGCAAAGAAUGAUCAACAAUUUAUUCCAUCAGAUGAAAUUGUGGGAAAAGCUCUGACUGAAUUCUUUCCUAGUCUCGAUAAAGGUGAAAUUGGUCAAAUAACGAAAGGAAUACAAGAGAUAUUAGAUAAAAAAAAUCGUCAUUUACUUAAUGUUUUCCGUAUGGAUCGUGAUAAAAGUGUUGCAGAAACAAUAUUUAAAGCUAUUUUUACUAUGAAAAAUAAACAAAAUGAAAUCAAUAAUGGUGAACAAAAAGAUACAGAGGAUGAAGACAUAUUAUUAAAUCUGGCAUCUCAAUGGAACUAUUUUGAUGGUGCUUUAUCAAUAUUAAAAAAACGACAACAUACUACCAGCAAUAACAACGAAAUUAAAGAGAAAUAUAUGACAUGUUACAAAAAGUUAUUUCGAGAGUCAUUGAUAAAAAAUCAUCCAGUUUUUGUUGAAUAUUUUCUUGCUGCUGGUUUUGAUCCACUUAAACUCCUUCGUACUCCAGGUGCUGAACAUUUUCCUACUGUUGGUUUUGAUCAACUUAAACUCCUUCGUACUCCACAUGCUGAACAUUUUCUUGCUACUGCUUUUGAUCCAUUGAAACGCAUUGGUACUCAAAGUGUUGAACAACAACGCUAUGCAGAACUAUUACAAUUAUAUCAAGAUACCUAUAAGGGAAUAGAUACGUUAAAUAAAUUUAUUGGUUCAUUUAUUGAAGCAAUUUAUUCAAAAGAAGAUAAUAAAUGUACGAAACGUAUUUGUAUUGACCUGACAAAUCAUGUAUGUAGUUGUUGCAGUAGUGCAAGAAAGCAUCGUGCUUUGGAUGAUAAUCAAGUUUCUCCACAAAAUGGUAGAGAUACUCAAUCUCAGGAUCAAGAAAAUGAUACGGAAGGUUCAGGUGACAAUAAGGAUACGAAUGUUUCAGGUGAAAAUAACAAUGCGGAAUAUUUACUUGAAAAGAAUAAACUAUUACGUGAUUUAUUUCUAUGGUCUGUAUUCAUGGAUAUGCCUGAAAUGGCGAAAAUAUUUCUCAUUCAUCAACAAUCUCGUAUAUGUGCUUCUUUAAUAGCUUCAGCUAUAUUUAAACAAUACUCGAAAUUGUCGUCAACUGUUGAUCUCAAGGAAACAUUUCAAAUACAAGGAGAUGACUUUGGAGAAUAUGCAGCUGAUUUUAUCAAUGACUGUUACAAAUAUAAUGAACGAUCAGCAUGUGAAUUACUUCUACGACAAGUACCACUCUUUGGUAAUAUCACAUGCAUGCAGAUCGCUAUUUCAAGCGAAAAUAUUCAACUAGUUAGAACAGCUUGUUUUGAUCAAACACUAACUCAAGUAUGGUACAACAAAUUGUCCAUGAGAAAUAGUCAGACAUCAACAAGACCAUUACAAUUUCUAUCCAUAAUAACUUUUGGACUUUUAGCACCAAAGAUUAUUCCGUAUCGGGAAAAGGAAACUAAUAUGCAAGAUACAUCAUUAUCAACAGAAGGUAUCAAUUAUUAUGCCGAUAAAGAACCAGCUAAAAGUGAAUUCAAAAAAUAUUGGACCCACUUUUGCUAUUUUCAUGAAAGCCCAUUCAUUAGAAUGUAUUAUCAUUUUAUAAGUUAUAUUUGGUUUUUACUUGUAUUUAGUUAUAUGAUGCUUUAUCAUCUUGAUGGUCCAGAAACAUUUCGAAUUCCACAUUGGACUGAAAUCUAUGUUAUUAUUACAGUAUCAACUAUGUUUUGCGAAGACAUUCGAAAGCUUAUGCAUGAAUACAAAUAUCGAAUGGUUGAACAAUGGGGUUCAACCAAAUCAACUGUAUUAACACUUUUAACAAAUAUAUUUCAUAUUGCAUCAUAUUUUUUAUUUUAUCUUGGUCUAAUAUUUCGAUAUACCGGUUAUAAAGAUAAUGUUUUUGCUGCUGAAAGAAUUAUAUGGGCAUUUGAUCUUGAAUUAUGGUUUCUUGGCUCAUUGAAAUUCGUUGUAGCUUUAAGAUCUGUAGGACCCAAAUUAUUUAUGCUUAAAAAUAUGCUUCGUGAUCUAGCUGCUUUUUUCUAUAUGAUUUUUAUUGCAAUAGCUGCAUAUGGUGUUGUAUCUCGUGCAUUAAUUCUUUACAAACAAAUUCCAUUUACUAGUAGUGAUAUAUUUCGAACAAUCUUCUAUGAACCAUACUGGUUUAUAUAUGGAGAUGUAGCUGAUAAAGAUUUACUUAAUAAGAUAAUCAGUAAUGGUACACAAUCACGUGUUGCUGAAGCAACUGCUACACAUGUUUUAUUAACAUUUCAUAUGUUAUUUAUUAAUGUUCUUAUAUUGAAUUUAUUAAUUGCUGUUUUUACUGAUACGAUUGAUAAAGUGAAAGAAAAUACAGAAUUUUAUUGGCGUUGUCAAUGUUAUUCAUUUAUUCGUGAAUAUUUUAAACAACCACCAUGCGCUUAUCCACCAUUAAUUAUAAUUUCACAUGUUAUAUUACUUAUUCGUUACAUUUAUUCAAAAAUAACCUGUAAAAGAACUGAAGAUAAUGAUCAUACAUCAGUAUCACUAACAUUAUUACGGAAUUUUAAAAUGAUCGCAGUAGAUGAUACAACAAACGAACGUUGGGAUGCAUUUGAAAAUGCUGCGACUCACAAUUGUGCACGAUCAAAAGUGGAGAAGGCUACAAAGAAUGUUCAUCUAUUAUCUGACGAUGACCAUUCGCAUAGUACAACUAGCACGAAUGAAUCUGAAAUAAUGAAAGCAAUUGUUGAUCAACAACGAAAGAUAAAUGAAAUCGAUAAACAAAUGCAAGAUCAUGCACAAAAGGUGGAUAUACUUGUUAUUAUUUUUUCUAUCAUUCAGAAAGAUUUUGUUAUAUAUAAUAAGGUAACUGAAUCAUUACAAUGGAUUAUCGAUGCCAUGGCACGAGUAAAAAUGAAUGAUCGUAAGAAAGCACCACCCGCAUUGACAUCAAUAUCUGUUGGUGAUAGUAAUGUCACAACAUCAAUUCAGCCAACAGAAAGUUCUAAUUAA